AUGAGUUCACCAAACGAUUCACAACACGGCGAGGGCCAACCGCCGGUGCCAUCCUCGCCGUUGUUCGUAGCGCCAUCCUCAGACGUUGAGUCCACAGCACAGGAGCAGAGGAGAAGAGCCGCCAACGCUGAGGUGAGCUCCCCGUUGUUCUUUCCUUCCUCCAACCCAGGCUCCUCCAUCGGUCAAGGUGGAGCAGGCUCAGGUGCAGGUGCUAGCUCUCCUUUGCACUACUCUUCAAGCGCCUUGGGCAAUCAUACCGACCUUGCCAGUGAUAUCCGCUCUGACAUCAAUGCCAGACGCCGUGCUGAGAAUCUCCGCCAUAUGAGAGGUGAUAUCCACGGCUCUGAUCUGUCAUCACCAAGGCGCCAACGUCGUGAGGUGCCGCAGGACAUGAAUAUUGGCAGCAGCUCGAACUUGAAUAGUGGACUGUCUGAUGGUGCCGGUGGUGACGUUGAUGCACAGGAGGAUAACGUUAGGGUUAUUUGGGGUACGAACGUUAGUAUCGUUGAAGUGACGCACAAGUUCAGAGACUUCUUGACGGGGUUCAAGAUUCGCCAUAGAAAGCAGCUUGACGGUGAUGACGUGGAUGCCGACUUCGACGGCGACGAUGAAGAUUUGUACUACAUCAACCUCAUGAAUGAGAUGCGUGAGUUGGGGACCACCAAUUUGAACCUGGAUGCCAGAAAUUUGUUGGCGUACCCUGCAACUAAGAAGCUAUAUCAACAAUUACAGGAUUAUCCACAGGAAGUCAUCCCGAUAAUGGACCAGACAGUGAAGGACUGCAUGGUUCAACUAGUGAUGGAUAACGAUCUCGACUUUGAGAUUUCAGAGAUUGAAGGUAGUAUUUACAAGGUGAGACCGUUUAACGUUUCCACUCAAAAGGACAUGCGUGAGUUGAAUCCAGAUGAUAUCGACAGACUAGUCUCCAUCAAGGGAAUCGUUAUCAGAUCAACACCUGUGAUUCCAGACAUGAAGAUCGCGUUCUUUAGAUGUAACGUUUGUGAACACACCACGGUGGUUGAAAUUGACAGAGGUAUCAUACAGGAGCCAACGGUGUGUCCACGUAAUGCUUGUGCACAACCCAACUCGAUGAUCCUUAUACAUAACAGAUGCUCCUUCGCGGAUAAGCAGAUUAUCAAGGUCCAGGAGACCCCGGAUAAUGUUCCAGACGGUCAAACUCCACAUUCCGUUUCUUUAUGUGUCUACGAUGAACUCGUUGAUAGCAUGAGACCCGGUGACAAGAUUGAAGCAACUGGUAUCUUCAGAUCUACUCCUGUUAGAGUCAAUGCAAGACAAAGAGUCUUGAGAUCGCUCUACAAAACUUUUUUGGAUGUUGUGCACAUUAAGAAAACCGACAAAAGACGGUUGAACAUUGACACUUCUUUAAACGUUGAUUCUGAUAUUUCCAGAAAGCAGGACGUUGAAGAGACUAGAAAAAUCACCGAAGAUGAUAUUAUAAAGAUUAAGAGCGUUGCAAACAGAUUGGAUGUUUAUGAGUUGCUUGCAAGAUCUGUUGCACCAAGUAUCUACGAACUGGAUGACGUUAAAAAGGGUAUAUUGUUGCAGUUGUUUGGAGGUACUUCGAAAAAAUUCACCAAAGGUGGUAAAUACAGAGGUGACAUAAACGUUUUGCUUUGUGGUGACCCAUCUACAUCGAAGUCACAACUGUUACAGUAUGUUCAUAAGAUUGCACCAAGAGGUAUUUAUACAUCUGGAAAAGGGUCUUCCGCUGUGGGUUUAACAGCUUAUGUUACGCGUGAUAUCGACACUAGACAGUUUGUGCUUGAAUCUGGUGCUUUAGUUUUAAGUGAUGGUGGUGUUUGUUGUAUUGAUGAAUUCGACAAGAUGAAUGAGUUUACAAGAAGUGUUUUGCAUGAAGCUAUGGAACAACAAACCAUUUCCAUCGCCAAAGCUGGUAUCAUCACAACGUUAAACGCUCGUACAUCUAUCUUAGCAUCGGCCAACCCUGUUCACUCUAGAUACGAUCCAACACUUCCAGUGACUAAAAACAUUGAUCUUCCACCUCCGUUACUGUCAAGAUUCGACCUUGUUUAUCUAUUGUUGGAUAAAGUUGACGAUCGUAUGGAUCGUAUGCUUGCGAAACACAUCACCAAUAUGUACCUCGAAGACACUCCAGAUAACGCUGCGGAGACGGAAGUCUUGCCUGUUGAGUUCUUGACGAUGUAUAUCGGAUAUGCAAAGCAGAACUGCUUCCCAAAAUUGACACCUGAGGCUAAGGAUGAAUUGGUUAAAUGUUAUGUCGAUAUGCGUAAAAUGGGUGAUGAUUCAAGGGCCAAUGAAAAGAGAAUCACUGCAACAACAAGACAAUUGGAGAGCAUGAUCAGAUUAUCAGAGGCUCACGCAAAGAUGAGACUCUCUGAGCUUGUCGAGCUAGGCGACGUUCAAGAAGCCGUGAGGUUAAUCAAGAGUGCUAUUAAGGAUUACGCGAUGGAUCCCCUAACUGGUAAAAUCGAUAUGGAUCUGGUUCAAACUGGUCAAAGUUCCACUGAAAGACGUCUGAAGGAGGACUUGACAAAUUCACUGUUCAAGUUCAUCGAGGAAUUACCAGAUAAUUCCAUCACAUUCAAUAACCUUAUAUCAGAGUUCAACAAGCAAUCCCAACUUAAUGUUGAAACCGUUGAAAUGUCCGAGGCUUUGAACAAACUUGUUUCCGAUAACCGUGUCAGCAUCAGUGGUGAGGGAGUGAGACGUGUGAUACACAGAGUAUUAUGA